AUGGCUCGGCCCUUGGGGUCGUUCCGCCUCAAGAAGGGACGGAACCCCGUCACUAUCCUUCUGGGCAUUGUGCUUUGCAUCUUCAUACUAUUCUUUCUCGUAUCUCCUUCAAGUAGAGCCACGUCAACCAAGGUCCCGUCAGUCACUGCUCAGCAUCAUCUUUCGCCGCCUACCUCGCCCUACAAAAAAUCGAGCUUGAAAUCGGGACUGCAGACUGGCCCCCCGCCAGUCAUUCGAUACAACCUGAACAAUGUCACCAUCACCACCAACCCCAUCGAGAAUCAAGAACAUGUCCUCAUCUUGACACCCAUGUCACGCUUCUACCAACCGUACUGGGACAAUUUGCUGCGCCUCAACUACCCCCACGAGCUCAUUACCCUCGGCUUCAUCCUCCCCAAGACCAAGGAAGGCAAUGCUGCUACCGCUGCGUUGCAGCAACAGAUCCAGAAGACCCAAAAGCGAGGCCCAGAAAAGGAUCGCUUCAAGAGCAUCAUUAUCCUGCGCCAGGACUUUGACCCGGCCAUUAUUUCGCAGGAUGAGAAGGAGCGCCACAAAAUGUCCAACCAGAAGGCCAGAAGAGCCGUCAUGGCCAAAGCCCGCAACUCGUUGCUUUUCACGACCCUGGGGCCUGCGACUUCCUGGGUGCUAUGGCUGGACGCCGACAUUGUCGAGAGUCCCGUCACUUUGAUCCAAGACCUUGCGAAGCACAACAAGGAUAUCAUUGUCCCCAACUGUUUCCAGCGCUACUACGAUGACAAGAAGAAAAAGAUGGACGAACGACCGUACGACUACAAUAGCUGGCAAGACAGCGACAUUGCCAUGCAAAUGGCCUCAAAAAUGGGGCCAGACGACAUUCUGCUCGAGGGCUAUCCCGAGAUGGCCACAUACCGCACUCUCAUGGCACACUUGGCCACGGACGGUGGUGACAAGAAUCUUGCUAUUCCGCUGGACGGCGUUGGAGGCACUGCUCUGUUGGUCAAGGCGGACGUCCACCGUGAUGGUGCCAUGUUUCCCCCGUUUGCCUUUUACCAUCUCAUCGAGACGGAAGGAUUUGCCAAGAUGGCAAAGAGAUUAGGUUGGCAACCGUACGGUCUUCCAAACUACAAGGUUUACCAUUAUAACGAGUAA